AUGUUUAAAUUUCCUGAAGUUGAGUAUCCUAUAAGGUCUAGAUUAUUUUCUAACCAGAAUAAUGAUUUAAUGUUUAAUGAAACCCCUAAAUCUAAAUCUGAAUACGUAAAUAGACCCUCAAGCAAAACAUCUAAAAAGCGUAAAUAUGAACAUAAAAUGAAUAGUAAGAAUAGUAAAGUAACAGUCCCACCCCUUUUAGAGUCUACGCCUAAACCUUUAAAUGUUAAAGAUGAAUAUUUUUUUCCCUCUGUUGAUUAUCCUCUUGAUGCAACAGAUUUAUGGGCGCCUCAUUAUUGGAAUCACAUUCCAAGCAUUCAACCUGAGGUAAAAAGUAACGUAAAAGAAUCACACAUUAUUAAAGCAACUAAGGAAAUAGCAAAAAUUCCCAAAGGAACAAAAAGUAAUGCUGCUACAAAAACUAAUUUGGAUUCUGUUUUUGUAAAAACAAAUCGAAAUAAUGAAGAUACAAACAUAGAAUCUUACAAAAUUCUGGACGAUAGAAAAGACAUCAAGACUGGGAAAGAAAGCGUAAAAUAUGAGAAAAGUAUAACUAAGGUGACCCCAUCACAUAACAACUGUGAACCAAGUUCCAAAUUAGAAAAUGAAAAUAAAAAGGCGGGAUCGACAUCAAUUGGAAAUAUAUUUAAUACAACUACCGGUACGGUAAAACCAAAUCAAUGUAUAACUACCCCAUACCAGAAUUGCCAAACACUUACUACUGCACAGUCAACAAGUUCUUAUAUCUCCAGUAGUAUAGAAAAUGUUUUCAAUGAAUUGCCACUGACUGCACAAAUAACUCCUUCACCAAUAGUUGAAACGUCUUCUUAUUGUACUGAGCCUAUCAAAUCCUCAAUGAUGUCGCUUACAUAUACGCCUUUAACAACUGUACCCCCAGCUAACAAUGAGCAUUUCUGUGAUAUCAAAAACCAAUUGCUUUUCAAUUCUACGAACGCGGAAUUGGAAAACAACAGUUGUAAUAAUAGCGAAAGUGAGGAAAGUGUAAACGACGAUGCAGAGUCGGCAGAUGAAAUGGGAUAUACAAUUAUGUAUCCUGAGGCAUUGAACUCCCCCCUCACCACUUCUACAAGGUCACCAAUAGUUUCAAUAGAUGUCGACAAUACCUGGAUGUAUCCAGAAUUUGAUAAUCAUACAUUAAAUACGUAUUCCGAUGAAGUUGAACAAUAUUAUAUUUUAGUUUCAUGA